GACUAUACUAGCCAGAGUUAUUUCUUACAGAAAAACCAACAUCAAAAUCAUCACUUACACUGCAAUUUUCUUCUUUGGAAAAGAAAAAGGAAGGAGGGCCACAGGGCGACCAGAAAAUUAGGAGAGUUUUUUGUUAUUAUUUUAAAGAGAAUGACUGCAGGCCAUUGGUCUGGUUGAAAAUAGGAAGAAAAAAUUGAGCUGGCAUCAUUGUGUGUAUUUGUAUGUAAUAUGAGCGAAGCUUCCAUCUGUUCUCAACCUUUUGACAAUAUGAGCAGACUUCAGUACGGGAUUAAUUUACCCUCAGAAAAUAUGGACUAUUUAGAUAACUAUGUUUAUGUGUACUUUUUGAAAAAGCCCAGGAAAUAUUACCAAAGAAGGGCGAAGCAUUUUGCAAACAAGGCAAAGCACAAAGACCCAAUAGCAGGUGCUGACUCCGCAAAUGGGACUUUUUCAGUGCGCCCACCAUCAGCGGCCAUGAUUUCUUCACCAGGAAUUGCCAACAGUGAAAGUAAACCUAGUCAAGACGCUUCGGAUAAAAUAGCAGUGAAUCAAAAACGGAGACUCGGUGAGACAAGAGACGAUGCUAAUGCAUCUCAGGACUUACACACUAAACGAGAAUCCAACACCAGUAUUUUAAGCAGUUUCUCAUUGGCCAAUUUCAACUCAUCUAAUUCCUCACGAGGCGGAGGAGGUGCUCAUGGAUCUCCCGUUGUUGCCUUGAAAGAGACGAUAGACAGUCAGUUUGUAGGGUUGGUUGGUCAGCCCCUGGGGGCCGAGGCAGAGAACGUUCCGCCCCCUGUCCCCACUGAACAACCUGAGAACUAUUUAUACCCUGUCACCAUUCUACCGCCACCUUUAGAUUUUGGGAAAACAACUGAAGAUGGCGUUACUGAGGCAGAUGGAGCAAAACAAGGUAAAAAUCCCAUGCUCAAUAGACCUCUCCCUGCAACACCAAUGGAGGACAGAAAGACCCCCAAAAACAAGGAAGGUCAAAGGUCAAGCUUGGCAAGUGAAGGCCAAAGGUCAAGGUCAAGUCUGGCCAGUGAAGGUCAAAGGUCGAGGUCGAGUUGGUCCAGCGAAGGACAGAGGUCGAGUUAUGCCUCUUCAAGCAGUGACAGUGCUAGUCUUGCACCAAAUUACACAGCUCAUGUGAAUGGAACAGUUAAACAAAAUGUAUACAACACACGUUAUCAGAAUGACAGCCCUUUUCGAUAUAGCAAUUGUCAGAAUGGAGCAGCUGGAACUUAUGCAGUUGGGCCCUCUGGAUCCACAGGCUUGCCAUUAAGGUAUGAUUCUUUAAGGAGGUUACAGCAGCAGGCAGAAGCCGGACACGAAGAUGAAACACUAAAGAUGGCGCCAUGGUACCAGGCAGGAAUUCCAAGGGAGAUAGCCUUGGAAAUUCUACACCACGAGGACAUAGGCUCGUUCAUUAUCCGUGACAGUACCACACACGCAGGGUGCUACGCGCUCUCAGUAAAAGUUCCAAAGUUCGACAACCCAACUGGCAUUGCGCACUAUUUAAUUCAGCGAACACAAACUGGAGUUCGACUGAAGGUAUGUAUGAAAUACCAUGGCUGGACUGACAGCAAUGUCCGACUCCUGACUUGUGUCAUAGAGGUCACCACUUGACCCUUUCUCUUUCAACCAGUU